AUGUUUUACGAGUCAUCAACAACUAUGUCCCAAGCAUCAAAGAACAAACUGAAGAGGCAGAGCCGGGCUUUCUCACAGGUUCUGUAUCGGAAGCUAAGCUACCGUGAGCGACAUUCUGUGACUGAUAGCCCAACGAAUCAAAUGGAUAACCCUUCAGAGCUCUCCAUCCAGCUGUCAACUCCUGGUAUACUCAAGAUCUUUGGCAAUGAAAUUUGCAGUGGCACGAACUACAAAAGCGUCCUGGCCACGCCACGGUCGAGUGCCCAGGAGUUGGUCAAAGAAGCCCUUGAGCGCUAUGCUGUAAGCAGGAAGUCUGCCACUGAGUACCUAUUGUGUGAUGUGAUUGGAAGGUUUGAGGGAAUAGACAAACACUGGCAGACAGAGUGUCUCCGAGCCUUGGGGGAUAAUGAAAAGCCACUGCUUCUUCAAGAUCUAUGGAAACCCAAGGAGGGAUUUGCCAGAAGAUUCGAACUUCGAAGACGAGCUGAGGUGGAGGCGAUGGCUGCUCAGGAGAAAGAUACAACAACUGCAGAUAUAAAUGCUCAAGCACGGAAAUUGCAGAGAAACCGGGCAAAAGGCAAUAUUUCAACAAUGUCUGGCUAUAGCUAUAAAUUAGCACCUCUUCGCCGCAGCAUCAGUGAGACCAGCCUUGCUAUCAUUGAAAAUCAGGGGGAGGAACAACAGAGACUUUAUUCAACACUGCCUGGGCUUCCUGGAAGGAGGAUCAGUCGAUGCAGAAAGGACCGACUUUGCAGCACAAAUAAUAAAGGAGAACAAGAAAGUAACAUCCACCAGGUGCCUCACCUACUGCUUCUACAGGGAUACAACUACCAGAACGAUUGUUUGGUAUACCAUCUAGAUUUUGAGAAUCAAAUAGUUGGACAAGAGACGGCCCUGGUAAAACCCAGUAUCUGUUUGUCGUCACCCGAUAUCCUUUCUGCGCACUGCAAGAUUAAAAGGGUUAAACGGUCAAGCAAGUACAGUCGCUAUGUCGAGGAACAGAUUAUAUUGGAGCCAUCCCCAAAUGCCUGCAUUUUAAUAAACUGUAUGCCAAUAGAAAGGUCAACAGAACUCAGGCAUGGCGACCUAAUUGGGUUUGGACAGCAUUAUCUUUUUCUUUUCAAGAAUCCUUUGAGUGCUAAAAAGUUGCCAGCCCACACUUUUUCCAUGCUGAGACAUUUGCAUCAUUUGCCUGAGCACACUGGUCGCCGGAGAGCACCCAUCUGUAAGAUGUGUGGUUCUAUUAUUAAGAAUGGCUCAGCAAACAUGCACAAUAAUCCCAACUCUUCUUCAAACAGAAGUAACAGUAUUCACAAAAAGAAAUUGCAACUAGAGUAUGAAAGACCCUUUGAAGAUGUGCUGAUCAGUAAAAUCUUCACCCUUAUCGAGCCCAGUGGCGAUGAUCACAAAUUGACUCCUGCUUGCCUGUUGUGUCUGUGUAUUCAACACUCAGCUACUACCUUCAAGUCAGGUGAUUUUAUGAAGCUUCUUCUGAAGAUUGUGAACAAAUUGCAAGCUGUGGCGUUGGGGAAGACCAGAGAAUUGGCAGAGAAACAGUCUGAACACCAGGAUCCAGCAUCUCCUCCUCUCCUCAGUAUUACAGAAUUGGUUCCAGACCUCCAGCACAUUUUCUUCUGGAUGUCCAACUCCAUUGAGCUGCUUUACUUCAUCCAGCAGAGAGUCCCUGACUACAUUAAAGGAAUUGAGGAUCUGGAUGCUCAAGGUUCCAAAGAAUCAUUACUUUCAUCCACAAUUUCAGUCAAUGAAGAGGUCAUGACUAUUUUGGAAGAAGUGAUCAUGCAUACAUUCCAGCAAUGUGUAUAUUACAUCACUAAGUCUCUCUAUGUUGCUCUUCCUGCCUUCUUGGAUUGUAAUCCCUUCCAGAUUGAAAGUGGACAUUCCUGCAGGGAUUCUGCGACUCUCCCAGAACCAAUUUGCAACAUCAUACAAAUAUACCAGACGACACUGGAUCUUCUCCUCCAGUAUGAGGUGCACCCUGAAAUUGCAGCACAGAUGUUUGCUUACCUUUUUUUCUUCUCUAACGCCUCUCUCUUCAAUCAGCUCAUGGAUAGAGGUUCAAGACAAAGAUUCUUUCACUGGUCAAAAGGGGAGCAGAUGCAAGCUAGUCUCCGAUUGUUGCUGGAGUGGACACGAAAUGUAGGAAUGGGUAACAUUGCGGAUGAAUUUUUUUUCAAAUUCACUAGUGCUGUAAGGUUGCUGGCAGUCCCAACAUCUUGUCUCACACAGUCUAGCUGGAGUAGUCUGAAGAGAGAAUUUCAUGCUCUAAAUGCUUCCCAACUUCUUCACAUAUUAACACACUACCAGCUAGCACCUGGAGUGGGCCCUGUUGCAGCUUGGCAGCCAACUGCUGAAGAGAGAGAAACAUUGUACAGAACAGAGGACAUUCUGUUAAGUUUUGAUAAAUAUCCUCCAAUAAUGCUGCCCACCAGUAACUUUAAGGUGGAUCUAGAAGCAGAGGCCAUAGAUGACAACAUUUACAGACACCUACUAUAUAUACGUCACUUCCUUUGGAGCCUACGCACCAAAUCCCAACCAACAAAUGGAAGUUCUAUAACAGAGGAAUUACAGACUGAGUUUCCAAUUUCCCACCAGUUGUCUUCACACAGUCCAACCACACUUUACAGUCCCAAGAUUCUGGAUCAGCAAUCAGGCCGAAAUAAUUACCUUAACAAUAACUAUGACACAGGGACACACAGUCGAAGCUCAAGCACUUCGUCAGUCAGUGGAUCAAGCAGAGAUUUUAAUUCCUGCCAUGAACUUAAAGAAAAGCUACAGAAGCUGCAGCUGCAAAAUACUCUGGGAAGAAAUAGGCUCCCAGGACACAGCAUGCAACCAUUAGAUCCCUCCAGUCUUUUAACUCCUCCAAACACACCUUUGAACUCUGACCUUCUGCUCAGUGACUGUGUACAAACCAAUGGAGCUGGUAGACCUACAUCAAGCACCAGGAAAAAUGGUAUCUACAAAAGUGGAGCCAAUGAGGGAGAAGGGAGAGCUUAUGAUUUACCAACACCUGCUUCUUCCAGCCAGAGUUCAGGAGAAGAUGAUCCAUGUUGUGUAUUUGUGGUGGAGCUGGGGAGAGGACCCAUUGGUUUAGGAAUGGGACUGAUUGAUGGACUGCAUACAACCUUAAAUUCCCCUGGGAUCUAUAUCAGAACGUUACUGCCCGACAGCCCUGCUGCCUGUGAUGGGAGACUCAGGAUAGGUGAUAGAAUCCUGGCAGUAAAUGGAACCAGCUUAAUUGGAGCAGAUUAUGACAGUGCAGUUAACCUGAUCCGAUCAGCAGGCGAGAGACCAAGAUUCCUUGUUGCCAAGUCAGAUUUCCUCAUUGCUGAGAAGAUCAGUGCAUCAUCUUGUUAGUCUUCACUCACUGAACCAGGGAACAAAGAGUGAUCAGUAAACCUUAGUUUAUUUGCCCUCUUCAUUCCUUCAUAG